GUCACCUUUUUCGGCUUCGCUCUUCGCGUUGAACGGGUUGCUCGAAAGUUAAUUCAAAGAGGCGAACUUCUAACAAUUCCAAAGAUUUCUAGUCAAUAAUUCGUUCCUUUACUCCGGAUGAUAUAGGCACCAAUUGUGCCACCGUUGGAGUAGUCCUUUGCUAAAAGCAACCUCUUCGAAGAGUGCCUCAUUGCGCAAUCCCACAGCCAAGUACAUCACGGACGGUCAUCCGCCGGCAUCUGCGAGAUUUCUCCGGCUCCGUCUUCCCUCAAAUUCGACCGGUUUACGAACACGUUGUCGGCCGACUCUCUCUCGGCACCUACCUUUCCACGCCCUUCCGAAAUCCCCUCGCACUUCAAACAACAUGUCGUUCUCUAGCCUCGUCCAAGACAUGUCGCUGCGCGACUCGGGCGCACCAAGAAGGCGCGGCGAGGCCUCGGUGUCGACGGUCGACGACCGCGCGUCCCGCAUCUCGACGGCAAAGUCAUACACGAGCACGGCCGCUACGAGCGUGAGCAUCUCGGGGGACAUCAGCAGCCAGCUCCACGCCGGCUAUAGCCACCCGCUCGCGAGGUCAUGGCAAGCCGAGCGGCAACUCACCAAGUCAAUGCUCAUCUACCCUCUGUUCGUCUCGGACCAGGAUGACGAGGAGGUUCUUAUUCCUUCCCUACCGGGCCAAUGCCGCCGCGGAAUCGACAGGUUGAUACCCUUCCUCGAGCCGCUCGUGCACAAGGGACUGCGGUCCGUCAUCCUCUUCGGCGUACCGGUGGCGCCGGGGGUGAAGGACGCCUUGGGAACGGCGGCCGACGACCCGGAGGGCCCGGUAAUCCGUAGCAUCCGGCUCCUGCGACAGCGGUUCCCGCACCUGUACAUCGUCUGCGACGUCUGCCUCUGCGAGUACACAUCCCACGGGCACUGCGGCAUUCUCCGCGACGACGGGAGCCUCAACAACCAACUCUCGGUCGACCGCAUCUCGGACGUCGCCAUCGCGUACGCGCGCGCCGGCGCGCACUGCGUCGCGCCGUCCGACAUGAACGACGGCCGGAUCCGCGCCAUCAAGCUCAAGCUGAUCGAGGAAGGGAUCGCACACAACACCACACUCAUGUCCUACGCGGCCAAGUUCUCGGGGUGCCUGUACGGACCGUUCCGCGACGCGGCGGGCUCGGUGCCGUCGUUCGGCGACCGCAAGUGCUACCAGCUCCCCCCCGGCGGCCGUGGUUUGGCGCGCCGCGCCAUCGUGCGCGACAUCAACGAGGGCGCCGACAUCAUCAUGGUCAAGCCCGCGGGCCAGUACCUCGACAUCAUCGCCGACGCCAAGGAGCUCGGCAAGGACCUGCCCAUCGCCGCGUACCAGGUCAGCGGCGAGUUCGCCAUGAUCCACGCCGCUGCCAAGGCCGGCGUGUUUGACCUCAAGGCGAUGGCGUUUGAGAGCACCGAGGGUAUUCUCAGGGCGGGUGCGACUAUCAUCGUCAGCUACUUUGUGCCGGAGUUUUUGGACUGGCUGUCCGACUGAUGGGUUUGGGUUGAUGGCGGGCGUGGUGUUUGGGCGUUUUGGGGUCGGAUGCAAGGCUGUGUAUAUGGUUUCCCCGUAUAUGUGUUAUAGAAAUGACUCUCCGCUAGACCACACUGGCCAGAUGGGCCGGCCGGUUGUGCAUACAUUUUAUUUAUAUUUGUAUCUCCUAUUCGUCCC